CGCUAUCAUUGCGUUCUUUGGGAUUAUCUUUUAUCUUUUUUCUAGUCGCUUCAACUACUUCUAUCAGCCGUCAUCAUGAGCCCUCCAGAAAAUGUCGACCCGCCUUCCGGCGCUGAACUGCUGAAGAACGGGCAUGCUGGGAAACGCCGGGAGAGUGUUGGAUCGCAAACCUCCCAGACCGCGAAAGAAUUCAUCGAGAGCCAAAUGCAGCUGGAGCACGACGCCCGCGAAGUCCUGCCAUAUUCCUUCGAUUCCUGCUCUCAACCCCUAGGCCCUCUCCGGCAAGUCCUCUUUGCCUGCCUCACAUGCAACCCGCCUCCCGCGACGCCCGACGCGCCACACACCGCAGCCGGUGUCUGCUACUCCUGCUCCAUCUCCUGUCACGGCGAACACACGCUCGUGGAACUUUUCAGCAAACGCGACUUCGUCUGCGAUUGUGGGACAACCCGGUUUCCCCCGUCUUCUCCAUGCACCUUGCGCAGCGACCCCAAUACUGGCCGGAAAGGCGUGCACUCGCAAGAGGCGCGCCCGGGCAAUCGUUACAACAGAAACUUCCAGAAUCGAUUCUGUGGAUGCGGCGAAGACUACAAUGCGCAACAGGAGAACGGCACCAUGUUCCAGUGUCUGGGUUUGGGGAGCGCGGAAACGGGCGGCUGUGGCGAGGACUGGUGGCAUCCCGAGUGUCUGAUCGGACUUCCGCGGGACUGGUACAAGGAUGCGAAGAGGGAGGAUGUGAAGAAGGAGGGCGUUGAGAAGGAGGAUGGUGACAAAGAGGGUGAGAAGGGCUCUGACAAUGACGAUGAGGACGAGGAGACGCCACUCCCUCCAGGGUUUCCCGGUGAAGACGAGUUUGAGACCUUCUUGUGUUACAAAUGUGUCGACGCGAAUCCCUGGCUGAAGCGCUACGCCGGGACAGCAGGAUUUCUGCCGCCGAUUUACAAAGACGGCGACUUCGCUAAGCCUGCGCAGGAGUCCCAAUCCACGACAGAGCCGAAUAUUUCCAAAAAGCGCAAGGCAGAAGAGGGUGGGGAAGAAGACAAAACCAGCCAUGGUGGCAGCGAACCGUCCGCCAAACGGGCCAAAGAAGACACCCCCAGUGAGCCCGUUCCUUCUAGGUCCCACCCAGAGCCGACAACGACCGACCCUUCAUCCACAAAGCCCAAGCACGAGUCUCUCCCCACCUCAGCGCCAUCAGGCACUUUCUCCCUCUUCAUGAAAGAAGACUUCCGCGAGCAUUUCUGCCGCUGCCGCGACUGCUACCCGCACCUAGCGCAGCACAUCCAGCUCCGGGAGGAAGAAGAGACAUACGAGCCGCCUCUCUCGGAAACCGGGGACGAGGCCGACGGAGCGCGCAGCACGGGGACGGGCAGUCUGCUGGACCGCGGCGAGGCAGCGCUGAGCAACAUGGACCGAGUGCGGGCGAUUGAAGGCGCGAUGGUGUACAACCACCUCCGCGACAAGGUCAAGGAAUUUCUGACGCCCUUUGCGGAGUCGGGCACGGCGGUGGGGGCGGAGGACAUCAAGGCCUACUUUGAGAAACUGCGGGGUGAUGAGCAGCCUAUGCGGGAGGCCGCGGGGCAGGCGUCUGGGGGAGGGGGACCGGGAGCGAACAACGAUAAGGACGAGGAGGAUGGACGCCGGGAGCAAAGUGGUUAG